AUGUGUUCGACUAUUAUUCGUCUUCUCAUCGUCUUAGGUAUUGCUUUGGCAGUAUACGAGGCUGCUGAUGUCAUGUGUCGUCAAAGAGUUCCUAUUUAUUCAUGUGCAUCGAUGGGCUGUCGUGUAGUUGGCGAUGCUGUUACCAGCGAUCACUAUCCAUGUGAUUGCUUUAAAAUAGAGAACGUUUUGGGUAAAAACCAAAAAUGGUUUAAGAUCGAAUUACCCGAUGGAAAACAUGGCUAUGUAACCGAUCACCACUGCUCGGGCAAGGUUCCGCAUUGUAAAUGA